CGAAUUUUGCUCCGCCAGACGAUCACUAGAUCUGUUCUUUAAUGUUCUUCGAUCUGAGUUCUGGAAGGCGGUAUCUUUAAGUGGGGUUUCUUCUGCAGAUUCAACUGGUGUUGGCGUAUUUAACAAAGCUUCCACAUAAAAGAACUGAUAUUUUGAAAACAUUUUCAUUGGUGGAGAGUAAACACAAAUAUAGCCAAGCUGGGUGAACGCAGGCCUUCGAUGGGGGAUAGCGACAGCGAUUGCCACUACCGGCUGGUGAGCCUGGGUGGCUCCGCUGUAGGGAAGAGUGCAAUAUUAAAGAGGUUCCUGUUUGGCACCUACUGUGACCGGCAUAGGCCGACAGUGGAAGAUCUUUACCACAGAGAAUUCGAUAUUCUUGGGACUCAACUGAAAGUGACUUUUCUAGAUACAGCGGGUGAUAUGCAAUUUCCAGCGAUGAGACGUUUAUCCAUAGCCAAUGGUCAGGCAUUUCUUCUAGUCUACAGUAUCGACAAUGAGGAUUCCUUCCGAAUAAUUAAACAAUGUUUUGAAGAAAUAAGAGAACAGAAACCAGAUUUUCAGGAACUGCCUAUUCUAGUUGUAGGGAAUAAAUGUGAUGUCCCUGAAGACCGCCGUCAAGUAAAGAAAGAAGAUGUGAACGAGUGGGUGUUUUGCGAAUUACCGAAACUGAGAGCUAAAAUUAUGGAAUGUUCCGCCAAAGAUAACACCAAUAUUAGAGAAGUGUUUAGGUCAUACCUUCAACUAGCCAAGAUAAAUAUUCCCACUGAACAUACAGCUCUUAGGCGCCGAUCUAGUACACAUGUCACAAUCGGUAGACCACUUAGGUUUAACAGCAGCCUAAGUCCACAGAGGGAAUCUGAAAGCAGUCCAGAAACGCAACAGCAAUCGACUUCUCAGAAGCAAACAAAACCUCGUAGCCGUAGUCUCAUUCGACGCACGAGCAAAAAAACCAAUAAACUCAAGGAUGCUGCGCCUGGAUGUAGCAAUGACAGCGAUUGUCAUAUCUCAUGAAGUUUCAAACGUGUCCAAACAUGAUCUUUACUUGACUGCAUGGAUGUAUUGAAAAUUAAAAUUUUCUCAUCGGAAAAAAAAACUUUUUUUGGUCAUCAUGAUUGUGUUGAAGUCUGUUGAAGUUUAGCAACAUUGCCACAUGAAUGAUUUCAGUUGGUCUUCUUAGAAUAUUUAAGUAGAAAUGUUUAUUUUUGAAUGUGAUGUUUGUACAUUGCUUUUUCGCAAUGCUAUCAAAAAGGAUAAAAAAGAUCAAUUAAUAUAAUGUUGAUGUUAUUUAUGUGUUGAAUGAAAUUCUGAGAUAGAGUUAAUUUAUAGGAAUGGUUAAGUUUCAUUUAUGUGUUGCAUUGUUGUAAAAAUGUUGUUGUACAUAAAAAUGAAUUUAUAGAAUAAACUAGUAAAUGUAAAAAUAUAAUAUUAUUAUUAUUAAGCAGAUUAUGUAAAAUUGAACGCUAAUAAUCGAAGUUAUUAAACUUAAUUUGAAAUAUUUGAAUCAAUAUAUGAAAUUUGUUAUUUAUUAAUUCAUUAUGACUACUUCAAUUAAAACUAUUAAAAAAUUAAAAAGUUUGUUAGUUAUAUGCAAUAUGUACAAUUUUAAGUGUACUAUGCUUAUCUCACAAUGAAAAAAAAUUUAUAUCAAUAAUUAUUUGGAAAAACUGGCAUAACAAUAAUCAAAUAGGCAUAAAUAAUUAGUAUUUAAAUAUCUGUUAGAUAUAUUUAACUAUUAAAAAUAAAUACUUGCUUAUUUAGUUUAAGAAUUGUAGUAACACAUUUUUCAUUAAAUUAAAGAAAAUGCUUGUUUCUAUGAGAGGCUAUGAUUAUAAUUAGUUUUCUUUAUUAUAUCAAUUUGCUUCUGCAUUUAAAUGAUAUAACUACUAUGUAAAUUGCACAAAAAAUAAUUGUAAAAAAAUGUGGCGAAUAUAGUUUAGAGUUUAGAAAUUAAAAAUAAUAUUAAGUUGCAAAUAAAGUUUUGUCUUAACCAUGGUUUAAAUUUUAAUUUAUGUAUUUCGUUUAAUACGUUUAUCUAUGUUAUUUUUUGCCCCUGAUGCAAUAUGAUUUUUGUCUAUCUGAAUCAGGGAAAUAGUGAUACUAAAUUACAGUUGCAUUGCUGCAAGCAAUGAUUUUGAAAAAGUUAAUUAAAAAUGUAUGAAAUCAAAAAAAUUCUAUUUUUAUAAUAAUAUUAGUAACUUUAAUAAUUGUAAAAUUAUUGUCUUAACAAAGCAUU